AUGACGAUUAUUUGUAUUUUUGAGAUAUUUCUUACGGUAAAGUCUAUACCGAUUCGCACCGAUAGCUCGGGAAUGGUGGAGAGUGGCGAUUCUGUAAUGUCUGUGGCCAGCGAGCUGGCUGAAAAGACUAGAUCUACCAAGUUAUACGGCGGUGACAUAAUACAGGCCAUUCAGGUGUUACAGAUAUUGGUCCAGAAAAUGGGCGCCAGUGUUGGCGACAUCAGCGAAGAGAAACGGCACCAAUUGGUCAAGGAUUUGAUCCAGAUAUACAUUAAGUUGCCUACACAACCGCCUGUUGCACACAUACACAUGUAUGAUUACCUGUCGGACAUACAGUCGGUUAUACGUAAAACACGGGUCACCUGCAAGUGUCACGGCGUGAGCGGCUCCUGCUCUUUGGUCACCUGCUGGCAACAACUCUCCAGCUUUCGUGAGGUCGGAGACUUUCUCAAAGACAAAUACGACGGCGCGACUGAAGUGAAAAUAAAUAAGAGAUCAAAACUGCAAAUACGAAACUCCCGGUACAGCAAACCCACGACUGAGGACCUGCUAUACAUGGAUGAGAGCCCCGACUAUUGCAUCGGCAGCGGAGAGACGGGCUCUUUCGGCACUCGCGGCCGCUCUUGCAAUAAGACAUCGCCCGGAACUGAUGGAUGUAAUCUCAUGUGCUGUGGGCGCGGAUAUAACACACAUAAAACGGUGGUUAAGGAGCGGUGCAACUGUAAGUUUCACUGGUGCUGUUAUGUCGAGUGCAAGACCUGUACAAAGACCAUGGACAUUCACACAUGCAAAUAG